AUGAAAAUCAUGUUCAACCCUAUUUCGAAGCUUGUUCGGCGCGGUGAUUCUGGAAGCAACGAUGGUCUCUCUCCCUACAUGGUCGAUCUCCUGAUUUCCCUGCUGGUUCUCAUUCUGCUCGGUCUCGCCCUGGUCGGUGCUCUUCUUGUCUUGCGCCGCAAGCGCCUGAACCGCGAACAAUCCGAACUUCCUGUACACAACGGGCAAUGCGUGCCCAACCACCGUCGAUUCACCGUCUCUGCUUCGCCGAACGCCAAGACAGAGUCCGUUCUGGUUUAUGACGAGAAGCGCAGUCUCAUUGAGAAUUCGUCGAGUCCCCCGCCCAGUCCGGUUCCCGAAAUUCGCAUCACGUUCCCGGAGGAGGAGGACGAAUCCGGCAAGCGCAAGUCGGGUCGAGUUGUGGUUGUGAGAAUCACCGACGCAGGUGGAGUGGGCUUGGAGCCUUGCAACGAGGAACUUCCGCCGUAUCAGUCCAGCGAUGCGGAGCGAUUCCAGUCGUUGGAUAUCGAGCGCAUGGGUGGGCUCAAAGAAAAGGAAGCCACCAAUAGAUGGUCUUAG